CUUUGGGCAGCAUUGAGGAUUUCCUUUCUUCUCGACAUCUGUAAUCUCACCUUUCAAAACUAUCAUGUCCAGUGACGACGAGGUAGCUGCCCCGGCUCCAAAACCUCAGGAGAGCGAGCCCGGAAGACCACCGUUCUCUACCCUAGAGUUGUCGGAACCUACAAUGCGGGCUCUGGAAGACAUGGGCUUCAGCACGAUGACACCGGUGCAAGCCAAGUCCAUUCCUUCACUACUAGCUGGAAAGGACGUUCUGGGUGCUGCACGUACGGGCUCAGGAAAAACUCUGGCGUUCUUGAUUCCUGCCGUGGAGCUUCUGCACAGAAUGAAGUUCAAGCCUCGGAAUGGAACUGGGGUCAUCAUUGUUUCACCGACUCGAGAGCUAGCAUUGCAGAUUUUUGGCGUCGCGAAGGAGCUGAUGGCGCAUCACUCGCAGACUUUUGGUAUUAUUAUGGGCGGGGCUACUCGGAGGGCCGAGGUUGAGAAAUUGAACAAGGGUGUCAACUUGCUUGUUGCAACACCAGGUCGUUUGAUGGACCAUCUGCAGGAAACUCCAGGAUUUGUGUUCCGGAACUUGAAAGCACUCGUUAUUGACGAGGCCGACCGGAUAUUGGAGGUUGGUUUCGAAGACCAGAUGAAAAAAAUCAUCUCUAUACUUCCAAGUGAGGACCGACAAUCCAUGCUCUUCUCUGCGACACAAACCACGAAAGUGCAAGACCUUGCUCGGAUAUCGUUACGGCCAGGACCCUUGUAUAUCGACGUAGAUGGAACGGAAACAACAAGCACCGUGACAACACUAUCCCAAGGCUACGUUGUUUGCCCCUCCGACCGUCGUUUCCUUCUUCUAUUCACUUUCUUGAAGAAGAAUUUGAAGAAGAAGGUUGUUGUAUUCUUCUCUAGCUGUAAUUCAGUAAAGUACCAUGGCGAACUAUUGAACUACAUCGAUGUACCAGUACUCGAUCUUCAUGGAAAACAAAAACAACAAAAGCGGACGAACACAUUCUUCGAAUUCUGCAAUGCUGAAACUGGUAUCCUACUUUGCACAGAUGUCGCAGCCCGUGGGCUCGAUAUUCCACGUGUAGAUUGGAUUGUUCAGUUCGACCCACCGGAUGACCCCCGCGAUUACAUCCAUCGUGUUGGGCGUACGGCGCGCGCAGGGAAAGUUGGCAAGAGUUUGCUAUUCCUCCUCGAAAGCGAGCUCGGUUUCUUGCGAUACUUGAAAGAGGCUAAAGUUCCAUUGAACGAGUUUACAUUCCCGGCGGAACGAAUUGCUAACGUUCAAUCGCAACUCGAAAAGCUCUUGCAGAAAAAUUAUUUCCUACACCAGUCGGCCAGAGAUGGCUAUCGAUCAUACCUCCAGUCUUACGCUUCGUAUUCACUCAAGAAAAUUUUCGACGUAAAUCAGUUGGAUCUCGCGAAAGUCGGCAAAGCGUUCGGCUUCUCCGUCCCUCCUCGUGUAAACGUAAACAUUGGUGGUGGUAAGGGCGGUACCGGCCGCACUGGAGUAAAGCGAAGAAGGGAAGAUGCGGACGUCCAUGAGGACGAAUGGGAAGAUGUAGAUGGCGCAUCAGACCGAAAUGAAGGGGGCCGGAAUGCGCCGCGGCGGAGAGGCAAGGACAGGCGGAUAGAGACGUUAGGCAGGAAAAAAGUCGAUAAAGAAGUCUACAGAAAGUCGAUACAAAAGCAAGGUUCGCAGGGUCAGUGGAGUCGAUGACCUUCCGUUGUGUGUUUGGUUCAGUUUCCUGCGCUAUGUUUUAUUUCUCGGGUCGUUUUUUUAUCAUUACAGCUUGUCUGUCUAUCCUCUUCCACAUGACGCAUGUGAGGAUUCAAUGCU